AUUCUUGGUAGUCAUUUGUGGAGAUGCACCGCUGAGAGGCAACGUCAUGUCAGUCAGGCAGCUCAGCGGAGGAUAAUGGUAUUUAGAUGUCCUGUAAGCACGCGGAUCCUCUCAGUCAGCAACAUUAAUGGGGCCAUGAGGCAUCCUGCUCAUGUCCUCCAUGCUUAGGUAGAGGGGGUAUUAGACAGCAGUAAUGCUGGACGCUCUGUCUGCUCUGUAGUCUGGGGGAUCGACAUGGGGAGUACCAGGAAGGCGGUCAACGUAUGGAACAGGAGACAGAGUCUCUUCUCCAACUACAAAGUCACAGAUUCAGAAAUUAAUCGAAGACCGUCUGAGAUUGUUUACCCUUUAGCCAAGGAAAGCUGUGUGAAGACAUGGAACUCUAUGCAGGAGCUAAGCAGGGACAUCUAUGACAUUUACGCCGAGUAUGAGGAUGACGAUGAUGACAAUGCUCCAUACAGCUUCUCCAAGCAGAUUUCGCCCUCCAAGAAGAACUACAUGAUCAACAUCAAUGUCGGGGGGAAGCCCUACCAGAUUGCUUAUAAGAUGGCUGCCAAGUACCCAAAGACCAGAAUAGGACGACUGGCCACCUACACAGACCACAACAUGAAGCUGGACCUAUGCGACGACUACACAGUGACCAACAAUGAGUAUUUCUUUGACAGGGACCCGGAUGUCUUCCACAGCAUCUUCAACUUCUACAGGACAGGCGUUCUCUGGAUCAAGGAUGAACUGUGUCCCCGCAACUUUCUGGAGGAGAUCAACUACUGGGGCGUGAGGAUCAAGAACACCCACCGCUGCUGCCGCAUCUCCUUUGAGGAGAGGCAGGAUGAGCUGAACGAGCAGCUGAAGAUCCAGAGGGAGCUGGAAGCUGAGGUGGAGAUCGAGGAGAAUGAGGAGCUGUUUCAUGACAUGUUCAUGGGGCAGAAGCGCCGAGCCAUCUGGAACCUGAUGGAGAAGCCGUUUUCAUCUGUCAAGGCCAAGCUCAUGGCUGUGGCCUCCAGUCUGUUUGUCCUGAUCUCCCUGGUGGCCAUGACUCUCAACACUGUGGAGGAGAUGCAAUACAAAACUGCUGCAGGCCAGCUCAGUGGCAAAACCUACUGGGAAUACGUGGAGUCCAUGUGCAUCGCCUUCUUCACCACAGAGUACCUGCUGCGUCUCAUUUCCACUCCUGACCUCAAAGCCUUCAGCAGGAGCGUCCUCAACACUGUGGACCUCAUCGCCAUCCUGCCUCAGUAUCUGCAGGCCAUCCUGGAGUUCUUUGACAGCGAGGAAAACUACAUGAAGCAUGAGGCCGACAUACAGGCGGUGGGGCAAGUGGGAAAGCUGGGGCAAGUGUUGAGGAUCAUGAGACUGAUGCGAAUCUUUCGUAUCUUGAAGCUGGCCAGGCACUCCACAGGUCUGAGGGCGUUUGGUUUCACUCUGCGUCAGUGCUACCAGCAGGUGGGCUGCCUCUUCCUCUUCAUCGCCAUGGGCAUCUUCAGCUUCUCCGCCAUGGUUUACACCGUGGAGCAUGACAUGCCGCAGACGAACUUUACCAGCAUCCCUCAUGCCUGGUGGUGGGCAGCUGUCAGCAUCUCCACCGUGGGCUAUGGAGAUGUCUACCCAGAAACCAUGCUGGGUCGCAUCUUCGCUUUCAUCUGCAUCGCCUUUGGAAUUAUCCUCAACGGUCUGCCCAUUUCCAUCCUCUUCAACAAGUUCUCGGACUAUUACUCCAAACUCAAGUCCAACCAGUACACAGCCUCCCUGAAGCAGAGAGGGAAGGUGAGAUUUGCCAAGAGGACGGUGAAAAGGCUCGGACACUGCUUCGGAAACGGCCACUGUCAUCCAAACUGAUUUGUUGUGUUUUCUUUUAUAUAAUAAAGAGUAAUAUGCUUGACUGCAAAACAGAGCAAAUAUGUAUGUGAUGGGGACAAAGAAAUGGAACAGGCACACAAGAAUAAUCCCCCACCUGGUCU